CGAAACGGCUACCCGGAAGGGGGCGUAGAACUGACAUGAGAACUGACUGUGUGUUUUGGUCAGUAAAGAACAGUUUGCGUCUGAAGAGAUUUAUAAGUUAUGAAAUAUAUCGACUGCACAGAAAGCGUAACGUUUUUUGUAUAAUUUUUUGAUAACUAUAGUGCUCGAAAUGGAUGGAAUAGAAAUUGGACCAAAGUUGUCUGGCGCAGAGAUGCGUAAGCAAAAACUCAUGGAGUACUUGGCAUCCAAAGGAAGGCUGAAACCUCCAAAUCCAAAGCCUUAUCUUCGGGAUGGCUUGGAUCCUAAAAAAACAAGUACCAGAAGAACACAUCUGGAGAAGGAGAACCAGGUGCCAAAUUCCUCAACACUGAAGAAUGGCAUGCAGAAAGCACACUCGUAUAAUCCAAUAUCCAAGACUGUCCAGAAACCCAAGAUUCCACAGCAGCCUGUUGUUUCCAAAAGAGCUCCCCUGGCUUCUGGCCAAUGUUUCACAACUCAAACUCGCACUCUGGUUUCUGGCAGAGUUGUCCAGCAAGAGCUGUUGAAAACACAGCAGCGUCCAUCAUCUACCCAUGCUGGUAUAGUUCCUAACAGAGUGCAGUCUCGUCAAAAGAAUUCUGGCUCUGCAUGCCAAACCACAAAUGGCUCUAUGCAGGCUAACAAAGCUCCUUUUCAUCCCUGCAAAACACCUCUGGUCAGCAUACUCCUCAACCAUACGGAGUCAAAAACCUUACAGAGAAGAGUUGUGGCGCAGAAGAAAUCUCAGCAAACCCUCAAAACCGUGGGGAGAACAGAUAGUGUUGGAGCUAAUGGAGAAUCUGCACCAAAAAGCUGCACAAACUCCAGGCUGUCACAAGUAACUUCAAAAGACUUUAAAGGGGUAGAGCAAAGACUGACCUCUAACAACUCCACUAAGUGUAAUGCUAAAUCUAUUAAGCCCCUAGACAACAAAACACAGAAAAGGACCGUAAGCACUUCCAUCUUUUCACGUGGCUCCAAUGUUGUCAGCCAGGCUUCAAAGUUGAGGCCUUUGGGUCAAGGAUCUACUCUAGUAAAAGAUAUCUCACAAACAUCCACUUUGCAUUCAGGUGUCCUGAAGGACAACCAAAAACCCACAGCUCUGGGUAGAAAACCUCUUGCUUCAGUUGUCAGCAAGCCUGCAAAAACAGCUGUUUCCAGAACCAGCAACACUCCAGCUUCGUCAAAUGCACCCCAGACCAAGGCAAGGGCAGGCGGACCCCUAGCAGCCCUGCGACCGAGGACUGCCACUACAGCCAAGGCGUCCACCUUCAGUCUGCCUCCCCCUGAAUCUAGGCCACGCUGCAGACCUGCCACUGCACCUGCAGCCAUCACCAAGACUGUUCCACGUCUUGGGAAGAGCACCGGCCCGUUGCUUGUCCCGGACUACCUAAAGACCCCUGCAAUGCAAAGCAGGCCACGGACCGUCGGGCCUGGAACAGAGCUGAAGUCAACUCAGAAGAAGUCCACUGCAGCACAGGAGGAACGGCUGCGGAAACUUCAGGAGUGGCGUGAAGCCAAGGGCAUCUCUUACAAACGUCCUCCUAUGCCCAUCCGGAAGUCGAUGAGGAAGUCCGUUGCCCUGCCUCAGCACUACUGGGCGGCCAUGGAGGAGGAGGACGACCUCCACAGCCUGGUGUGUGCCGUGGACCGGUCACUCACUGACUGCCUGCAGCUGCUUGAGGAGGGCUGUCCUUCAGAACAAGUUGUGGAGGUGCUGUCUCGCGUGCCCAUGGCCCAAAAGUUCUGCAAGUACUGGAUAUGCCAGGUUAGGCUAAUGGAGAGAGAGGGCAACUACGAGGUUCUGCCGCUGUUUGAAGAAGCCGUCCGCCUCGUGAGAGAGCCAGUAGACGACCUACGGGCAGUGGUGUUUGACAUUCUGAAAAAGAAGGAGACGAAGGGAAAUUUGAUCAAAGGCACAAUGAUCAAGGAGGAGACUUUGGACGAGGAGGAGGAAGUGGCGGCAAUUACCGAGCAACAAAACAACAUCCUGUCCACUCCCAAGGCUGUGGGCGCUUUGAUCCGCGGUGUGAAAGGAGACUCGUCUGUGGUGAAAUACAAAAUUACAGCCACUCCAGGCAGGCAAAGAAGUCAGCAUCAGGAACCCUUGCAUGUGGAUGGGCAGGAAGUCCGCUUCCUCACUCCCGUGCGCCGCUCAGUGCGCAUCGAGAGGUCGGCCCCCCGCUACCCAUCAGCACUGCAGGAACAGGACCCCUGCGUCGCCUCCUUCCGUGACCUGCAGUCUUCCUCGGUGGCAGUAGCGGCCUCCUCGUCCCCCACCGAGAAGUCCCCGCUCUACAUCUACCGAGAGAACAAAGCCCUAAAAGACCAGGUUCAGGUCCAGCUUUUCCAAGAGGAAAGUUAAUUGGGCUCCAGGGGGAAUAUGAGGAGAUGGACUUAGAAACUAGGCAUGAACACUCCUGUCAUAUUCAAGGAGAGUAACGUUGAUAUACCUGAAUAUUUUUCACCAGACACAUUCAAAUAUAUUUGAUAUGAUCUUAAUUGGAAAUUAAGUGUGUGUGUGUUGAAGGGGGGCAGGGUAAAAUAUUCUUGACAAGACAUGAAAUGUUAGACGUGUGUCUGUUACAUAUGUGUAUUACAUAGAAGUGUGUAGCGUGUCUACGGUUGAAUUUUUGAACUUUAUUUUUGUUACAUAAUAAAUUAUUU